GAGGAGGCAGCAGGGGCUGCAUUUCCAGGGCCGGCCGCACUCAGCCAUGUCGGGCGGAGGCGUCGGUACCCCCAAAUCCCUGCCCUCCUCCGGGCCCAAGUCCCUGCAGGACAUGCCGCACCCUCUGGCCGGCCCGAACGGCGAGGAUGUAGCGGGCGGUGAGCUCACCCCCAGCCCGGACCUGCAGCUGCCUCGCAGCAUCGCAGACAAGGACCUCAAUUUGCCAAAUGGUGGGACUCCCGCAGGUACAUCCAGCCCAGCCUCUUCGUCUUCACUUCUCAACAGACUUCAGUUGGAUGACGAUCUUGAUGGUGAGACCAGAGACCUGUUUGUCACUGUUGAUGAUCCCAAGAAACAUGUCUGUACAAUGGAGACCUACAUCACAUAUAGGGUCACUACAAAGACCAGUCGGAUAGAAUUUGAUUUGCCAGAAUAUUCAGUUCGUCGAAGAUACCAGGAUUUCGACUGGCUGAGGAACAAACUGGAAGAAUCCCAGCCUACCCAUCUCAUUCCCCCUCUUCCAGAGAAAUUUGUGGUAAAAGGAGUCGUGGAUCGCUUUUCCGAAGAGUUUGUCGAGACUAGAAGAAAAGCUUUGGAUAAAUUCUUAAAAAGAAUUGCAGAUCACCCAGUGCUCUCCUUCAAUGAACACUUUAAUGUUUUCCUUACAGCCAAGGAUCUGAAUGCCUACAAAAAGCAAGGGAUAGCAUUACUCUCCAAGGUCGGGGAGUCUGUCAAGUAUGUCACUGGAGGCUAUAAGCUGAGAAGUCGGCCACUAGAAUUUGCAGCUAUGGGUGAAUACUUGGAUACGUUUGCCCUAAAACUUGGAACCAUUGAUCGAAUAGCUCAGAGGAUCAUCAAGGAAGAAGUAGAAUACCUUGUAGAACUCAGAGAAUAUGGACCUGUGUACUCCACAUGGGGUGGCCUAGAGGUGGAGCUGGAGGAGCCCCUGGAAGGAGUUUCAGCAUGUAUUGGGAACUGUUGUACUGCUCUGGAAGACCUGACAGAUGACAUGACGGAGGACUUUUUGCCAGUGCUUAGGGAGUACAUUCUGUACUCUGAGUCCAUGAAGAAUGUAUUAAAGAAGAGAGACCAAGUCCAAGGAGAAUAUGAAGCAAAAUUGGAAGCCGUUGCUUUGAAAAAGGAAGAGCGCCCCAAGGUGCCAGCUGACGUUGAGAAGUGUCAGGAUCGAGUGGAAUGCUUUAACGCUGACCUCAAGGCUGAUAUGGAGAGAUGGCAGAACAACAAGAGACAGGACUUUCGGCAGCUACUCAUGGGAAUGGCUGACAAAAAUAUCCAAUAUUAUGAAAAGUGCCUUACGGCGUGGGAGUCGAUCAUACCGCUGCUACAAGAGAAGCAAGAGACCAAAUAAGUUCCUUCCAACAAAGACCCUUCUGUCUACACCAGUGCACAACGCCUCUCUCUGGGAAGUCCUCUUACUGAUUGACAAAACACCACCUGGCAGGUGGCAUUUGCAAACCAACCACUGAAACAUUUGUGGCUUCUUUCUUGCUUUCUUUUUUUUUUCAUCCUCAGUAUUUGGCCCCAUUCUUGUUUCAUAUUAAUAUUUCCUCUGUAUUCCUUAUCUAUUUCCCGGUAGGACCCCGAGAGCCUGGUGGAUGCUCUAUGGAUUUCAUCAUCCCUUCUUAAAGAAAGCAUACUUUCAUAUCUUGAAGAGACUUACACAGUGGAACAUUAAGAAGAUUUCAGAGGAAAGGAAAAGUGCCACCGUCCCUCCAUUUGUAAUAGGAGAGAAUCUGGCUGCUGCUUUAUGAUUCAGAAUGGGAGGAAGACCUUAGCGCCUGUACACUCCUUCCACAUUUGGAAUGGAAUUUUCUGUGGAUGUUGGCUUGUCCUAGGCAAAAAAGUGGUGUUGACACGUCUGCUUAAAGUGUGUGAAGCAAGCAUGGCCUGUAGCUGUGAAUGUGGCAUGCAGCCUGCUCAUGACGAGCAAUAACAUGUGUGUUGUUCCUUUUUGGUGAUAAGAAGUCAAUUGAAAUCAGCUGAAGUGUGUGUGUGUGUGUGUG